UUAUUUUGAAAUCCGUUGGUUGUACUUUUCUCUGUGUUCAUCAACGAAGCUGCAGUGUCCUGUGUGAUUAUAUGCGAAGAAGAGCCUUUAAAAAACACCCAUUUAACAUUUAAUUUGUGUUGACAGACAAUGGCAGAUGACGGUCCAGUUGAGGAUUAUCCCACUGAAAUAGAGGACAACCUGAAUGACUUUGAUUCCUCUGUGACUUCAGUUCAAAACAUGGUCCAGAGUCUCAUAUCUGCGUCCAGAAGCAACCAUCUGGUUAAAUUGAGUCCUCUUGAUCAAGCUAAAUUGGACCUGAUGUCCGUAUAUGCACUCAACUCAAUGUUCUGGAUGUAUUUGGUGACACAAGGAGUCAAUCCAAAAGACCAUGGGAUCAAACAAGAGUUGGAGAGAAUCAGGACUUAUAUGAACAAAGUAAAGGAGAUCGCAGACAAAAAGAAAGCUGCACGGCUUAACACAGACGCAGCCUCGCGGUUUGUUCGAAAUGCAUUGUGGGAUGCAGAGGACAAGAAACGAAAGGACAACAAUGAGCAUUCACACAGAGGAAAACAUAAGAGGUUUUAAUUGACUUGAGUUGACUGUUUAACAUACACACACACACACACACACACGCUUUGCAGUUUGUGUUCCUUGACAAACGUUAUUUUGCUGACUUGGGGAUUGUACAGUUGAAAUCUCACUUGAUUAUACAGACAAAGAGCUUUUAAAGCUUUAAAUAUGUGACUGUUAGUGCUGAAAAGAUGUUGAACAGUAAUAUUUUUUGAAAACUGUUCAACUAAGGAAGAAACUCAAAGUAUUUUUAUUGUUUUAUUUUUUCCAUUUGUUUUUCAUAGUCUUGCAUAUGUUUUAUUUCUUGAUUUACAUAAUCUAGAAUGUGGACCGUUCAUACAACUGUCACAUUAAAACUUUUAAAGCCUCUUUUGUCAUUUGAAGAUUUUUUUAAUCUUUGCCAGAUACAUUUUAAACAUCGGAAGAACAUAUUUUGAAUAUAUUUGGGUGAAUGAACAAUUUUCUACAGAGAAAUAAUUUGAAAGCCAACUUUAGUUUAAUAAACAUGUUUACAUGA